AAGACGGCCAGGUAAGCCAGGUGAGAGGAUUUAUUCCCAGCCAUGUCUCCAUUGAGUAGGGAGUCUCCGCUUCCGGCGGAAGCCACUCAGAUCAGGAAGAGCCUGAAGCCGCUGAUGGAGAAAAGGCGCCGGGCCCGGAUCAAUGAAAGCCUCAACCAGCUCAAGGGACUCAUCCUGCCUUUGGUGGGGAAAGACGGCUCCCGCUUUUCCAAGCUGGAGAAGGCCGACAUCCUAGAAAUGACCGUCCAGUUCCUGCAAGACCUUCCGGCCCCUUCUCCGGCCUCCGACGGGACCAAUAAUGACGUGGCCUUCCAGUUGGGUUUCCACGCGUGUCUCUCCCGUGUCUCACGCUUACUCCCCGAAUGCGCCUGCCGUGGGGUCUUGGCAAACCUCCAGGACCGGACCGGACCCCCGCCGUUGCCCACGGCCCACCCGCCGGUGCCUUUGUGGAGGCCUUGGUAGCGCCUACAAAGAGCAAAGAGACUCAAACUGAACGGCCAUCUGUCGGGAGGGAUCGGGUGGUGCUCAGGGUUGGACUGGAUGACCUCUUGGGCCCCCUCCCGUGCAACGGCUUUUAUCUUUUGCACAUCUCUGGCUGACGUCCGGACGGCACUUUAACCCUGUAUAUAUAUACAUAUAUAUUAUAUGGUUUUGCAAUAAAAGAAAAACGGAGAUUA